AUGCCGCCCUCCGCUGGACGGUGUCGGCAGUUGCUUCGUCAGUGCUGGACACAGGAACUGAAAAAGAGAGACAGGAUCCAGCCUCUCUCGCCUGCAGCUCGACGCCAGGCGAAGAAAGACCCAAAAUUGCUCACGCCUUCUCUGACCAGACAUUUGCAACUUCGCGACCUCCCUACAGGCUUCACAUCCAGGUUCGUCCAGGACAACCGCCGCAUGAAAGUCGCUUCCGCCUCCGACAUUGACGUUGCAGAGUUCUCGCUUCCUCCCACUGCCCAGCCGAGGAAAGAUCCCCUCGAGCAGCUCACCCCGUUGGACCUUCUGGCCAUCCAUCCGUCGCCGAGCGUGACAGCGAAGGCACGCGAUGCGGCGGCAGCUUCGUUUCUGCGUCGUCACAGGUCGACGCGUUCGGGGCUUCCUCGCUCUGCUUCGCCUGCGGAUUCCCCAAGAGAUUUAGUUUCCACCGGUUCAUUCGGGGGACUCAGGGGCGCGAGCGCGACGGAACAGGACACGGGUCGCUGGGGCUUCCUUUCUCGCCAGGCAGUCUUGGCAAAGACAGGCACAGCAGACGACGGAACGAACAAAGGAAGAGCGCGACUAGGUAACAGUGUGGACAGCCGAAACACAACCGACCUCGGACGCAGAGAGGCGGAAGCAAACCGCGGACACCCAUUUCCUCGUCUUGCAGAAACACCAGACUUGUACGUCGAACUGUCACGCAUCGCUACAGAGACAGGCUUCACACUUGACGCGGAAAACGCACUCGCCGUAGUCUCAAGAAAGCGAUCGCCUAAAGCGGCGGGGUCGGCAGCUGCUUCCAAUCCGGCUUUCCUUCCCCAGGCCACUCAUGCAUCUGACGCAAGCUUCAGACGGCCCAGGAGAGAUACAAGCACGCUGCGCCGCGUUGUGCCUGCCGCAGAGAGACACAGUCAAAGGAGCGGCGGAAGAACAUCUGGUGGAGGUUGGGGAUGGAAAGACGACCGAGAAGCUGUAAAGGACGUAUACAGACACCAUGUGACAGUAGAGCGUUCAAGCAGUGCCUCUCCUUUCGCGUUCUCGGUCGUGCCAGAGGAUUGAGGGGUGCCAUGGGCACUACAAAAUUCGUGAAUGCGCCUCCACACGCUCUUCAGAAUCAUGUACGCGCAUGUUGUGGGCCUUUUUUACGACACCAGAACGCUGAGACAACGAACACACAGCGCCUGCACAAUUAGACCCACAGAGUCCGUUCCUCAGUUCAGCGUUCUCACACUGACACUGUGAGAUGCCGCCUCUGUCGGUGCGCCGCGCCUGGUGGGACGCACACUUCUUCCCGCGUUCUGGCAGUUUGUUUUUUUCUACAAAACAUCACAUGCCGCGUUUCGCAAGGAUGGGACGUGUCGCGAGAUUUUGACUGGAGUGAGAGUUCGACGUGUUCCGCAACUCAAGAGGUUCUGGAUGUCUUAUCGUUGGCCGCUGAAUAGACAUCUCAUGGUGUAUGUGUUGGUGCGGGCACCAGAAGCGAACCGACGAGAUCACCGCUUCAGCGUGUGAUUGGUAUUCUACGAUGUUUACUGACUCUCAAACGCCAACGGUAUCACUGUGGUGGCGGAGA